CAGGAAGCUCCUCUAGCUCCCGUGCCACCCACCCCCAGCCCGGGUGGCCAUAUCAUCGUGACUGCAGAGACCAGUUCUCUUUUGGUGUUAGGAUAAAAGAACGUGCGGAAAAGAGAAAACAUCGAAGACACCAUCACUAAAGGCCGGUCUUGAAGCCAGCGCUCUGCCGAGAGGAUGGGGGCAGACGGGGAAACAGUGGUCUUGAAGAACAUGCUCAUUGGCGUCAACCUGAUCCUUCUGGGCUCCAUGCUCAAGCCCUCAGAGUGUCAGCUGGAGGUCACCACGGAAAGGGUCCAGAGACAGGCGGUGGAGGAGGAAGGAGGUGCUGCCAGCUACAAUACAUCCGGCAAAGAGCAGCCGGUGGUCUUCAACCACGUGUACAACAUUAACGUGCCCCUGGACAGCCUCUGCUCCUCGGGGCUGGAGGCCUCGGCCGAGCAGGAGGUGAGUGCCGAAGACGAGGUGCUGACAGAGUACAUGGGCCAGACCUCGGACCACGAGAGCCAGGUCACCUUCACUCACAGGAUCAACCUCCCCAGAAAGGCCUGCCCAUGCGCCAGCUCUGCCCAGGUGCUGCAGGAGCUGCUGAGCCGAAUCGAGAUGCUGGAGAGGGAGGUGUCAGUGCUUCGGGACCAGUGCACCAGCAACUGCUGCCAGGAAAGUGCGGCCACAGGACAACUGGAUUAUAUCCCUCACUGCAGUGGCCACGGCAACUUUAGCCUCGAGUCCUGUGGCUGCAUCUGCGAUCAAGGCUGGUUUGGCAAGAACUGCUCGGAGCCCUACUGCCCCCUAGGCUGCUCCAGUCGGGGCGUGUGUGUGGAUGGCCAGUGCAUCUGUGACAGCGAGUACAGCGGUGACGACUGCUCGGAGCUCCGGUGCCCGACAGACUGCAGCUCCCGGGGGCUGUGCGUGGACGGGGAGUGUAUCUGCGAAGAGGCCUACACUGGCGAGGACUGCAGCGAGCUGAGGUGCCCUGGGGACUGCUCGGGGAAGGGGAGAUGUACCAACGGUACCUGCCUGUGCCAGGAGGGCUACACUGGUGAGGACUGCGGCCAGCAGCGGUGUCUGAACGCCUGCAGUGGGCGAGGACACUGCCAGGAGGGGCUCUGCUUCUGUGAAGAGGGCUACCAGGGCCCUGACUGCUCGGCAGUUGCCCCUCCAGAGAACUUGCGAGUGGCUGGUAUCAGCGACAGGUCCAUUGAGCUGGAAUGGGACGGGCCGAUGGCAGUGACGGAAUAUGUGAUCUCUUACCAGCCGACGGCCCUGGGGGGCCUCCAGCUCCAGCAGCGGGUGCCUGGAGAUUGGAGUGGUGUCACCAUCUCAGAGCUGGAGCCAGGUCUCACCUACAACAUCAGCGUCUACGCUGUCAUUAGCAACAUCCUCAGCCUUCCCAUCACGGCCAAGGUGGCCACCCAUCUCUCCACUCCUCAAGGGCUACAAUUCAAGACGAUCACAGAGACCACCGUGGAGGUGCAGUGGGAGCCCUUCUCAUUCUCCUUCGAUGGGUGGGAGAUCAGCUUCAUUCCAAAGAACAAUGAAGGAGGGGUGAUUGCCCAGCUCCCCAGUGACGUUACAUCCUUCAACCAGACGGGAUUAAAGCCUGGGGAAGAAUAUACUGUCAAUGUGGUGGCCCUGAAAGAGCAAGCCCGGAGCCCCCCUACCUCGGCCAGCGUCUCCACUGUCAUUGAUGGGCCCACGCACAUCCUGGUUCGAGAUGUCUCCGACACUGUAGCCUUCGUGGAGUGGACCCCACCUCGAGCCAAAGUCGAUUUCAUUCUCUUGAAGUACGGCUUGGUGGGCGGGGAAGGCGGGAAGACCACCUUCCGACUGCAGCCUCCCCUGAGCCAGUACUCGGUACAGGCCCUGCGGCCCGGCUCCCAAUACGAGGUGUGGGUCAGCGCAGUCCGUGGGACCAACGAGAGUGAGUCCACCACCACCCAGUUCACAACAGAGAUUGACGCCCCCAAGAACCUGCGGCGUGGUUCCCGCACAGCAACCAGCCUUGACCUUGAGUGGGACAAUAGUGAAGCAGAGGUUCAGGAGUACAAGAUUGUGUACAGCACCUUGGCGGGCGAGCAGUACCAUGAGCUGUUGGUCCCCAAGGGCAUCGGUCCAACCACCAGAGCCACGCUCACAGAUCUAGUGCCUGGCACUGAGUAUGGAAUUGGAAUAUCCGCCAUCAUGAACUCACAGCAAAGCGUACCAGCCACCAUGAAUGCCAGGACUGAACUUGACAGUCCUCGAGACCUCAUGGUGACAGCCUCCUCAGAAACCUCCAUCUCCCUCAUCUGGACCAAGGCCAGUGGCCCCAUUGACCACUACCGAAUUACAUUCACCCCAUCCUCUGGGAUCGCCUCUGAAGUCACUGUGCCCAAGGACAGGACCUCGUACACACUGACAGAUCUAGAGCCCGGCGCAGAGUACAUCAUUUCAAUCACAGCUGAGAGGGGUCGGCAGCAGAGCUUGGAGUCUACGGUGGAUGCCUUCACAGGCUUCCGCCCCAUCUCCCAUUUGCACUUUUCUCACGUGACCUCCUCCAGUGUGAACAUCACCUGGAGUGACCCAUCCCCUCCAGCAGACAGACUCAUUCUGAACUACAGCCCCCGGGAUGAAGAGGAAGAGACGAUGGAGGUCUCUCUGGAUGCCACCAAGAGGCAUGCUGUCCUGAUGGGCCUGCAGCCAGCCACCGAGUACAUCGUGAACUUGGUGGCAGUCCAUGGCACAGUGACCUCUGAGCCCAUCAUGGGCUCCAUCACCACAGGAAUUGAUCCCCCCAAAGACAUCACAAUCAGCAAUGUGACCAAGGACUCAGUUAUGGUCUCCUGGAGCCCUCCUGUUGCAUCUUUUGAUUACUACCGAGUAUCAUAUCGGCCAACACAAGUGGGACGACUGGACAGCUCAGUGGUGCCCAACACAGUGACAGAAUUCACCAUCACCAAGCUGUACCCAGCUACCGAAUAUGAAAUCAGCCUCAACAGCGUGCGGGGCAGGGAAGAGAGUGAGCGGAUCUGCACUCUUGUGCACACAGCCAUGGACAAUCCUGUGGAUCUGACUGCUACCAACAUCACUCCAACAGAAGCUCUGCUGAAGUGGAAGGCACCAGUGAGUGAAGUGGAGAACUACGUCAUUGUUCUCACACACUUUGCAGUUGCUGGAGAGACCAUCCUGGUUGAUGGAGACAGUGAGGAAUUCCAGCUUGUUGACCUGCUUCCUAGGACCCACUAUACCGCCACUAUGUAUGCCGCCAGUGGGCCUCUCACCAGUGGCACCAUCAGCACCAACUUCUCUACCCUCCUGGACGCUCCUGCAAAUCUGACAGCAAGUGAAGUCACCAGACAAAGUGCCCUGAUCUCCUGGCAGCCUCCCAGAGCAGAGACUGAGAAUUACAUCUUGACCUACAAAUCCACUGACGGAAGCCGCAAGGAGCUGAUUGUGGACGCGGAGGACACGUGGAUCCGACUGGAGGGCCUGUCCGAGAGCACAGACUACACGGUGCUCCUGCAGGCGGCCCAGGACACUGAGCGGAGCAGCAUCACCUCCACCGCCUUCACCACAGGGGGCCGGGUCUUCCCUCAUCCUCAAGACUGUGCCCAGCAUUUGAUGAACGGAGACACUCUGAGCGGGGUUUACACCAUCUUCCUCAAUGGAGAGCUAAGCCGGAAGUUACAGGUGUACUGCGAUAUGACGACCGACGGGGGUGGCUGGAUUGUAUUCCAGAGGCGGCAGAAUGGCCAAACUGAUUUUUUCCGGAAAUGGGCUGAGUACCGCGUUGGCUUCGGGAACCUGGAGGAUGAGUUUUGGCUGGGGCUGGACAACAUACACUGGAUCACGUCCCAGGGCCGCUACGAGCUGCGCGUGGACAUGCGUGACGGCCAGGACGCCGCCUUCGCCUACUAUGACAAGUUCUCUGUCGAGGGCAGCAGAAGCCUGUACAAACUCCGCAUAGGAGGCUACAACGGCACCGCAGGGGACUCCCUCAGCUAUCAUCAGGGCCGCCCUUUCUCCACAGAGGACAGAGACAAUGAUGUUGCAGUUACCAACUGUGCCAUGUCAUACAAGGGGGCUUGGUGGUAUAAGAACUGCCACCGGACCAACCUCAAUGGGAAAUACGGGGAGUCCAGGCACAGCCAGGGGAUCAACUGGUACCACUGGAAAGGCCACGAGUUCUCCAUCCCCUUCGUGGAAAUGAAGAUGCGCCCCUACAGCCACCGUCUCAUGGCGGGGAGGAAACGGCGGUCCUUGCAGUUCUAAGCAGUGGGCGGCUGUGAGCCAACUGACCUUUUCUGUCAUUUGUUUGUAUUUUAUAAUAUGAAACAAGGGGUGGGGGACAUAGUAAUGCUUUGCAACAUAUUAAGAGCGUUUGAAGGAAGCAGGAUGUAGCAGGAAUCAGCUGAGAAUCAGCAGCUCAUGGUUUCUGCUGCCCCCGGGCCUGACCCUCUGUCUCCAUGCUCCCUCCUACCCAGUCAUCCUUAACCUGCCCCUCUUUUCCCACCAAGGAGGAAAAGUGAGACGUUUUCUUAAAAGACCAAUUCAAAGGCAAAUCCUGGAGUCAGACUCUGUGACGGUGACAGGCACGUGCCUUCUUUGCUGCCCUCCUUCUGAGAUGCCCUUCACUUCCAGGUAUUGUGCUCUGGUCACUGCCUUGGAUGGCCAGGUUCUCACCCCAGCCCAGAGAAGAGGCCUCAGCAAGAAAGCUUUGCCAACAAGUCCCCUUAAAAGGAAACAGAUUAACCUCACCCCGUCCCAAUAACCCAAGGCCUUUCUAACGGGCCAAAGAUUAUCAUCUGACACUCUUACUCUUACCAGCCAAGUGUCCUCUGUCACCUUUCAAGAGUAGUGGCCUUUUUUCCAGCCAACCCAUCCUUUGCCCACUUCCACCCUAACCCUUAGACCCCCUACAGCCCCACAAGUGCAACCACUGUUUUGGAUUCUAGCUCCCAAUGUGUUGCCUGCCCCUAGCCUGGGCUGCAUAGCAGCGGUGUACCUAGGGGUCAUAAGUCCCUGCCCCUCCCUCGGGUCACAGACAGCAACUUUCUUUGAAGAUGGGAGGGGGAGACAGUUGUAGUUUGUAGCAAUUUGGGGUCAGGCAUGGAGGAAAGGACAGAAGAAAUAGAAAUCAGGGCCCCCGCCAUUGAGAUGACCAGUUCCACGGGGAACACAGAUCGCACUUAGCUCCAUUUUCUCUGUUU